AUCUUCAUAGGAUUGAAAAACAAUCGGAAAUUAACAGCACAACACUGAAGAGUGAAUUAUUACUUCGCAACGGCUAUGGGAGAAUGUGGCGAUCUCGGAAUAUUCAGACAGAAAAUAAACAUGUUCGGACAUGUACUUCCAUUGUUAGAGGGGUCACUCGACUAUCUUGUCAAUAUAAUAGAUCGUCUUUGGCAACAGCGCUGUUUUACGACAGUUGCAUGCCGUAUUCCAAGCGUCCGGUGUCGUACAUUUUGCAGAAUCACCAUGGCGUCUGUAUUAAAAGAGACCGCGGGGCUAUAUGAAACAUUGAAAACGGAAUGGAACAAGAAAAAUCCAAAUCUGAACAAAUGUGGAGAAAUUUUGAGCAAGCUCAAGAUUUCGUUGUUGGAGUUAAACUUCUUACCAACAACUGGGACUAAGCUCACCAAACAGCAGCUUAUUUUAGCUCGUGAUGUUCUGGAGAUCGGGGCUCUGUGGGGUAUCCUGAAGAAGGACAUCCCCUCCUUUGAGAGAUACAUGUCCCAGCUGAAAUGCUAUUACUUUGAUUACAAGGAUGAGUUGCCAGAGUCCUCUUACAUGCACCAGCUGCUGGGUCUGAACCUGCUCUUCCUGCUGUCCCAGAACCGUGUGUCAGAGUUCCACACGGAGCUGGAGAGGCUGACUGCUAAAGACAUCCAGACCAACGUAUACAUCCGACACCCCGUCUCCCUAGAGCAGUACCUGAUGGAGGGGAGCUACAACAAGGUGUUUCUGGCCAAAGGGAACAUCCCUGCUGAGAGCUACACCUUCUUCAUAGACAUUCUGCUAGACACCAUCCGUGAUGAGAUUGCUGGGUGCAUAGAGAAGGCGUAUGAACAGAUCCAGUUCAACGAAGCUACCAGAGUGCUCUUCUUCUCCUCCCCGAACAACAUGACAGAGUAUGCCAAGAAGCGGGGCUGGACCCAGAGCCCAGACGACUACUACUCGUUCAGCAGCCAACAGCAGAGGACAGAGGAAGUCAACAUCCCCUCCACUGAGCUGGCUACGCAGGUCAUCGAAUAUGCUCGGCAGCUGGAGAUGAUUGUUUAGAGAGAGCAUCAUACUGCAGAAGCUAGCUAUAUUCAUCUGACACCUUAGACCCAGACCCAGACACAUGCAGACAUACAGAUUGUCAGACUGGUAGAUUUUCCAACACUUUUGUUCUCUUCCACUCCCCCUGCUUCUCACGGCUCUGAUAAGAGACUGGGCAUGAGUGUUUCUACAUCCUCUAGUCUGACCGUAUGUUUACACAUUGGAGUAAUGUACUGAAAUAAAGUUGUGGCAUCACUUCACAACUAAGGCCAGUCUGUUCCGUGGCUCCUGACGGCUUUGUCCACCUUUGGGAAUUACCCUGAGUUUAAAGAUUGAAGUGUUGGCACAUUCUAAUGGCCAAGUUUCCAUUUACCCUAACUGCAUUGAGGAACUUGAUGUGAACGUUUGGAGAGUUUGUGUCUAGGGAAUAGGGUGUAAUUUGAGAUUUUCUCUGUCCAUUUACUAAUGCAUAGUGUGCUGCAAAACAGUGGCCAUAUAGUGAGUCUUCCAUGUCUCUAAAUGGUUGACAUCCUGCAUUACACCUGGUAUUUGGGUUAUCCUUGUCCUCUGAGGUAUUUUUUUUUUUUUACUCUGUAGUGCUCACAGAAGUCUAUUUCAAUGCCCUGGCCUCGUCUCCUAGCAACUGACAAAGAAUUGCUGUAAAAGUAUUUGUUAAAUGUUUGGUUUAAUUUCUUGCCCCCCCUCCCUCAAUGGUUUGUAAUCUAAUUGAUCUGGAAAAUACAAAUGUUUGUUUCUGUAAGAUUAUCAACAAUUUGACAUUUAAAAUAUUAAAAUCUUUUUCUGA